AUGUCGAGCGGUUCAUCUGAUCAUCCUACCGUCACACUUGCCCAAGGCAAGGUGAUUGGAACCAUUCGCGAGAAGACAGCCCCUCAAUCCAUUGAGGCGUUCUUAGGCGUGCCCUAUGCUCUCCCGCCUGUCGGAGACAGGCGAUUCAAGCCUGCCGAGAUAGUUCCCGCCUCUACACAAAGCAUCGACGCCACCAGAUUUGGACCAGCAGCUCCCGGAAAACCAUUGCUGGCUGGUGGACCGAAGCUAGAGCAAAGUGAAGAUUGUCUGACUGCUAAUAUUUUCCGACCGUCGGGGACUGGAGAAAGUGAUAGUCUGCCUGUUGCUAUCUAUAUUCAUGGAGGAGCAUUCAACCGGGGUGCUGCUGCGAUGCACGACACUGGGUCGAUGGUGGCAUGGUCUGAAGAGCCAUUCAUCGGUGUCAGUUUCGGUUAUCGUGUCGGAGCACUGGGCUUUUUACCAUCAGCCUUGUCGAAGAAAGAGGGUGUUCUGAAUCUCGGUCUUCGUGAUCAAGUUCACCUAUUCGAAUGGGUGCAGGGAAACAUCCAGAAUUUUGGUGGUGAUCCUGGAAACGUCACUCUUUUCGGUCUAUCGGCCGGAGCACAUUCGAUUGGACACCAUUUGCUCAAGUAUGAUUCACGAGCCUCGCCAUUAUUCCAUCGCGUGAUUCUAGAAUCCGGAUCGCCGACAUCCCGAGCAGUGCGUCCCUAUGAUGCAAAAGUCCACGAGCAACAGUUUAAAGACUACCUUCAAGAAGUUGGUUGUCCGUCAGAUCUCCCUGAGUCUGAUAUAUUCCCAUUUCUACGCUCAUUGCCUAGCUCAACGGUUACGAACGCGCAAACAAAGGUCUUCGAUAAAUACAAUCCGUCGCUUAGAUGGGCAUUUCAACCCGUUAUUGAUGAAGAUAUUAUCCCACGCAAACCGCUAGACGCUUGGAACUCUCUUCUUUGGAACAAGGUCCCAAUUAUGACAGGCUUUAACAGCAAUGAAGGAACGUUCUAUGUGGAUCAUAAAAUGUCUAGCCCAGCACAAUUCCGGAAUUUCUGGCAGGGUCUACUUCCUGAGUUAUCUCAAGAAGAUCUUGAUACAAUUGACCGCCUAUACCCCGACCCUAGUCUGAACCCUAGCUCGCCAUACUUGGAAAAGAGAGAAGGCUACGAGCUUGGUCCACAAUAUAAGCGAAUCGAAGCUGCGUAUGGGCACUAUGCUUAUGUGGCGCCUGUGCGCCAGACAGCCCAUUUUGCUGCAUCUCAGGGGGUUCCGGCAUACCUUUACAACUGGGCACUUCCAAGAACGGUGAUCGGUCGUGCAAAUCAUGGCGACAACAUGUACUACGAGACAUUCAAUGAGUCUAUUACAGGCAUAUCUGAAUCUCAGAAAGAGCUGUCUGGAACCUACCACGCCUAUGUCACCAGCUUCAUUACAAAAGGAGACCCAAAUGCCAUAUCUGGUCGCUAUGGGGAGCGCCCUAAGUGGGAGCCGUAUGUGCCAGAUAAUCCUCGAAUUUUGAUUCUUGGGGAAGGAAAUGAGGAGCUGAUUGGAGGGCCUACUGCCCCUGCAGCCAAGUUCGUGAAAGACGAAUGGGCAAGGAAGGAAACGGAAUUCUGGUGGUCAAAAGUCCCGAUAUCGCAGCUUGCAUGA